AGAGAGUGUGUGUGCGUGUUUGUGUAUAGUGCAAGCUUACCUGAAACGAAGUGUGAAAAGUGAAAAAAUAUCCUUUAGAAAAUCAAUUUACGAAAUAUUAAAAGAAAUAAAAAUGAAGCGGUCUUAUGUGGUUUUCGUAGUUUUGGUAGCAGCAGGUGGAGCUGCUGCUCGUCCAGAACCACCUUCUAGCAGUUAUUCCGCGCCAAAUGUACCCAGUGGCAGCUAUGGUGCCCCUCCACCCGUUUAUGGGCCACCACAACAGCCGCCUGUCAUACAUAAGCAUGUGUACGUCCAUGUGCCACCGCCAGAACCCGAAUAUUUGCCGCCCAGAAAACCAAUAUUACCGCCACCGCCACAAAAGCAUUACAAAAUUGUGUUCAUUAAAGCUCCCUCGCCACCUGUUCCAACGCCACCGGCAAUACCUCCUCUCCCACAAAACGAAGAGAAGACAUUAGUUUAUGUGUUGGUUAAGAAGCCGGACGAUCAGCCAGACAUUAUUAUUCCAACACCACCGCCCACUCAGCCCAGUAAACCGGAAGUGUACUUUAUACGCUAUAAGACGCAAAAAGAAGAUAAUGGUGGACCAUAUCCGAACAGUAUUGCUCCACCUCCGUCUGGCGAUUAUGGUGCUCCAGCUCCGCCUUCAGGUCCCUCAGCGCCCAGUUCGUCAUAUGGAACGCCCUCACAUUGA